UCGAUAUUUACUAGUCGCACAUCGAAUUGACAUUUUGUUUCAGACGGAUUCUUAUGGUAUACUGGGCUUUCACAAAUUCAAUCGUUAUCGCAGCAACGUGCGAGCUGCACAAGCCAAUGACGUGAUAUCUAAUCCAUCAGAAUUAAUCGCUCACGUAUGCGAAGAACCCAAUACUCCAUGCGCCCAGUCAGAAGCUUUAUACCGAUCCUCAGCAUCGCUGCGUGCAGCUCUCUUAUUCUUUUUGCAACAUUCUACUUAUCCCACGGAGGACGAUGGCGGGGGAUACCUCAAAAGAUAGGUCUAGGCGACUUUAUACGGCCGCAACCAGCGAAACCAUACUACAACGCAGACGGAUCAGCGCCGCCGUUUAAUAUCAGUGAAUUCGUCUCUGGUAUACCCAAACCGCUUGGUGAGCGGUAUUCUAGAGCCUUGGUCAUCGCAAAGACAAAGAAAGAGAAUUCGAGCUGGGUCGAUGACGAGGUCACAGGCUGGGAUAAGGCUGUUUACGUUAUUGACGACCCUCAAGCCCCUUUGCACACGCCCAAGAACAAAGGUCACGAAGCGAUGGUUUAUUUUACGUAUAUAAUCGACAAUUACGAUAACCUGCCGGAUGUAAUGGCAUUCAUGCAUGCCCAUCGAACUGGCUGGCAUAAUGAGGAGAUUUUUGACUUCGAUGCUCUCGAGAUGAUAAAUCACUUGAGCAUGGAACGGGUUACGCGUGAGGGAUAUAUGAAUAUGCGAUGUCUUUUGGCGCCGGGGUGUCCGGACUGGCUGCAUCCGGGCAUGCUGCAAGAGGAUGGACAAAAGAAGGAAGAAUUCCUAAUCGCGCAAGCCUGGAGCGAGAUCUUCCCGGACAUACCAGUUCCGCAGGUUCUUGCGCAGCCAUGCUGUGGGCAGUUCGCAUUAUCCCGGGAGCGUGUGUUGAGUAUUCCGCGAGAGAGAUAUAUUUACUACCGCGACUGGCUAUUGCGCACCGAUAUACGCGACACAAUGUCCGGGCGUAUUUGGGAGUAUCUUUGGCACAUGGUGUUCACAGGUGAAACUGUCCACUGUCCAUCAGCCAAUGCUUGUCUCUGCGACGGCUUCGGGAUCUGUUUUGACAAUGACGCCCAAAUCGAUACAUACUACCAAACCAUGUGGCGAAUCCGCGACGCCAAGGACGAAUUGAAGGAUUGGGUACAGCAGGAUGGCAUCCUCGACGAAGAUGCUCGCAUCAGCCUGAGUCUAGAUGAAAUGGAAGAUGCAGAGCUCGCCGAGGGCGACAGUAAGGGAAUCCUGCUCACUGCCGAAGUAGAAGAGAAAACGGCAGAAUUGGAGAAGAUGAAACAGGAAGCCUUGAAAAAGGGCGAACAGGCACUCUGGCGGGCGUAUUCAGCGGGCAGAAAAUACCACCAGGGUGAUGGAUUUUAACAUACUUUCUAAUGUAUAUGAUAAUGCAUAUUUAUGCUCAGCUACUUUUCUCGUACUGUCUGAAGAUCCUCGCCGCACCUUCCUUUAUUAAUAUUACAACCCUUCCCCUUGAUACAUAACCAUAUAUUUUAUAGUUUGAUAUUUGUCAUUUUACGCUCUGCAUAAGCAAUCGAGCAACGUGGCUGAGGACGUUGGGCCAAGCCCUAAUUCCAAAUCAUACUAAUAACGCUAUCGUUAUGCUACAGAUCUUACACUCAGACAGAAGUAGAUAGAUAAUAAAUAAAGUAAUUAUAG